UACUGCGUCUGUGAAAUGCUCCCGGAGCAUUAACUGCCUAAUUCGUUUUACAUUUCAUAAUAUGUGUUAGCAUACGUAGCUGCAUAACAUGAAGUCCGACGUGGAGGAUUUAAUGCCGCGGCUGCUGCCCAUUGAUUGCGGAGAAACUUCAUCGGUUCUCAACCUGGAUGGUCCGCCAAGAAACCCCCAAGAGUAUCUCCGACAAGUCCAGUUGGAGGCAGCGUUGUGUCCAGAAGUGGUGGUUGCGAAAAUUGACCCCAAGAAAUUAAAGAAGCAACAAACUGUCAACAUAUCUGUGGCAGAGUGCCAUGCUGCUCCAGCUGGAUUUUCUCCCAGCCUAGAUUGGCAACAGAGGCAAGUCAGCAGUUUUUCCGAUGUCAGACAGAGCAUCACAAAGAACAGACAACACUGGAGCAGCCACUCUCUUGAUGACAAUGUUGUCAUGCCAAAGCAAGCAGAUGAGGAAGGCUGGAAGCGGUUUUGUUUAGGAGAACGGGUCUCUCAAGGUACAUUGUCCUCGCACACAGAUGCCGAUGCAGAGGCAGGGCUGGACUACAGCAAGGUUGGCUUCCCACCCUUCCUGAGCAUCGUCAGCCGAUUCAGCCAGGCUACCGUCCUGACAUUGUUGGAUAUUCUGAUCAGUUGGUUUGAAGAAAGAGAUUUUGUCCCCCAGUUGGGCCGCUGGUUGUACGCACUGUUGGCCUGCUUGGAGAAACCAUUGCUGCCUGAAGCCCAUUCUUCAAUCAGGCAGUUGGCUCGGAGAUGUGCUCAGCUGCGCAGCAACCUGGCGAGCCAGGUUGAUGACAACUUGCCUGCCCUCAAUCUUCUCAUCUGUCUAGUUGCAAGAUACUUUGAACAGAAUGACUUGGCAGACCAGCCGGAGUGAAAGUCUUUCUGUUUUACGGAUGACAAAUGGAUCCCACCAUGACAACCAGAAGGCUGCAGUCAAGUUAAAAAAAAAAAAAGAAAAA